AUGAAAAAUCACUCUGAAAUAACAACAUUCAUCCUACUAGGAUUAACAGACGACCCAAGACUACAGGUUUUUCUUUCAGUGUUUCUGUUUCUCACCUACACUUCCACUGUUGCUGGAAAUCUAGUCAUUAUCCUCCUCACUCUGGUGAGCUCUCACCUUAAAACACCCAUGUACUUUUUCCUUCGGAACUUCUCCAUCUUAGAAAUAAUCUUUACGACUGUCUGUGUUCCUCGAUUCCUGUACAGCAUGACAACUGGAGACAAAAGAGUGAGCUAUAAUGCUUGUGCCAUCCAGCUAUUUUUUGUCAUCCUCAUCGGGGCAACAGAAUUUUUUCUUCUAACUGCCAUGUCCUAUGACCGCUACUUGGCCAUCUGCAAGCCCCUGCACUACACCACCAUCAUGAGUGAAGAGGUCUGCACCAUUCUGGUCCUUUGCUCUUGGCUGAUUGGGUUAAUUGUCAUACUCCCACCACUUAGCCUGGGAGUUCAGCUAGAUUUCUGUAACUCCAAUCUCAUUGACCAUUUUGGCUGUGAUGCAUCUCCUCUUCUAAAGAUUGUGUGCUCAGACACUCAAUUUAUAGAGCAACUUGUUUUAAUCAUGGCAGUGCUGACCCUCAUACUCACACUAGUCUGUGUAAUUGUGUCUUACACAUACAUCAUCAAGACUAUUUUAAGACUCCCUUUGGCUCAGCAAAGAAAAAAGGCUUUCUCUACUUGUUCCUCCCAUAUGAUUGUAGUUUCCAUCACUUAUGGGAGUUGCAUCUUUAUCUAUAUCAAACCAGCAAAGGAAGGUGUGGCCAUUAAUAAGGUGGUGUCCCUUCUCAACACUUCCAUUAUUCCUUUGAUAAACCCUUUCAUUUAUACUCUACGGAAUAAGCAAGUCAAACAAGCCUUCAGGGACUCUAUUAAAAAAAUGGCAUUUCUUUCCAAAAAUUAGGUGACUAAAAAUAUUUUAUAAAGUAAAAAUACAUAUACAUAUGGAUUUCAAUAUUUUACUAUGUGUUCUAAUUCAGAUCUACAGAGCAGAACUAAAGGUACAGUCUGAUUAAUCACUGAAAUUUCUUUUCUAUUUCUCUGAGAACCAUGGCCUGAAAAAAGUGUUAUGUC